AUGGGUAUUGAUGUAAAUUUCAGCUACCGCAAGGCACGAGCUCUCUCAAACUACAUGCUUCACCACCCUGAUGUUCUCUACCUGGCCACAAAUAUGCAGCCCAACUACGUUCGAAGGAACAGCAGAUUUAUGCCUGGCUGGUUUAAUAUUUCAUUGCAUCGUGACUCAAUAUUGUAUAUCUUAUUCCGAAUCAAAGCCCAGUCAAAAAUGAUAAAAGAAUUGAGUGGUAGGAAACCCGAUUACGUCAUUGGGAAGCCUGAAGAGCCUAUUUUCAGAGUCCUCUUGUCACAGAUUGUUAUUGAUCUGUCGAGAACUCUUCUGAUUGGUCACAGACUGGAGACGGACAUUCUGUUUGCAUACAGAGCAAAGAUCUCCUCCAUGUUGGUUCUAUCAGGGAUGGCUUCACUGGUGGAUGCGCGUAAGGCCGAGUUCAGUGAUAGACUGAUUGAGAGGGCCUCGUGUCCUGAUUUCUUUGUUGAAAACAUUCAUAAGUUGCACGAACUGCUUCACAAGCAAAAUGUGCAUCAGCUGCAAGAGAGGAAGAUGACAAUCAAGAACUUGCAUUUGUAUCUCCCACGAGUUAUGGAUGAGAAAGACGAGGAGGAGGAUUUCGAUUAUUUUGUUGAUAAUGUAGCUUCAAAGGUUUCUAUCCCAAUAGCCUCGUCCAGAUCGAAGCCUGUCUCGUUGGUCUCCAAAGUCACAGGCAGCCAGACGACUAAUGUGAAGACUGGUAACGUUAGUUACGUCACCAAUACGAGCACCACCGAUGAUGCUCAACUUAAUAUUGGCUACUACAUGAAGAAUGUCAAAUAUACUAACUACAAGGCACUUGUCGCUGCUGCUAAUGAAGCUGCCACUGAGCUCUUAUCGGACAACAACUGA